AGUCCCGGCAAGUGAAAGCCAUGCUGUAACGGCCACUAAUGCCAAUUCGAGCGAGUUCGGAAUGCCCGACAAUACUGUCGAGCCGAAAACAAUGGCUAUACUAGAUCCGGUGCUUAUGGACAUUGCACACGAUCGCCGACUGAAGUAUGGCUUCAAGUUUACGGAUGCGGACUGGCAAAGCAGGUAG